GUGUGUGUGUGUGUGUGUGUGUGUGUGUGUGUGUGUGUGUGUGUGUGUUCAGGUGUACAUUGGGGAGCUUCCCCAGGACUUCCUGCGGAUCGCCCCCACCCAGCAGCAGCAGCAGGUGCACCUGGACGCACAGGCGGCCCACCAACUGCAGUACGGGGGCUCCAUGGCAACUGUGGGACGACUCAGCAUCACAGUGGUGCAGGGGAAGCUGGCUAAGAACUACGGGAUGACCCGGAUGGAUCCGUACUGCCGUGUCCGGCUGGGUUACGCAGUGUACGAGACCCCCACUGCUCACAACGGAGCCAAGAACCCGCGCUGGAACAAGGUGAUCCAGUGCACCGUGCCCCCGGGGGUGGACUCCUUCUACCUGGAGAUCUUUGAUGAGAGAGCGUUCUCCAUGGACGACAGGAUAGCAUGGACUCACGUCACCAUCCCUGAAAGCCUGCGGGGGGGCAGCGUGGUGGACGAGUGGUUCACCCUCAGCGGUCGGCAGGGCGACGACAAGGAGGGCAUGAUCAACCUGGUGAUGUCUUUCGCUGUGAGUGCACUCUCUCGUACUCUUCCUCACUCCUGAGACCCUCAUGUAGAG